AUGUUUGAGGCCAAGCUCGCCAAUGCUGCCCUGCUCAAGAAGAUCAUCGACUCUAUCAAGGACUUGGUCACCGACGCGCCCUUCGACUGCUCCGAACAAGCUGUUUGUUUGCAGGCCAUGGACAGCUCCCACGUUGCCCUAGUUUCCCUGAAGAUGGAGGUCGGCCUCUUCGACACGUACCGCUGCGAUCGAACGGUCAACCUGGGCCUAUCGCUCGCCAACAUGGCCAAGGCGCUGAAGUGCGCGAACAACGACGACACUUGCGAGAUGAAGUUUGAUGACAGCGACGCCGACACGGUCACUUUCACCUUCUGCGACACCAAGCGGGACAAGACUCAGGAUGUUACAAUGAAGAUGAUGGACAUCGACGGCGAGCACCUGGGCAUCCCGGAUCAAGAUUACGCCGUCGUCUGCUCGAUGCCUUCAAGCGAAUUCCGCAAGACGUGCAGCGAUCUCGCCAUGUUCUCCGACACGCUCGUCAUCACCGCAACAAAGGCUGGGAUCGUCUUCUCGGGCAAGGGCGACGGUGGCUCUUCCGUCAUUACCUACAGCCAGUCAAAAGACGCCGACAAUGGAGAUCAAGUCACUCUGAAGAUCGACGACCCGGUCAACGUCUCCUUUUCGAUCAAGUACAUGAACCAGUUCACGAAGGCCUCAUCUCUCAGCGACCGCGUCACGAUUUCGCUCUCGAAUGAUGUCCCGGUCGUAGUCGAAUACAGCAUCGAGGACAACGGUCACCUCCGCUUCUACCUGGCACCGAAAGUCGACGACGACACCAUGGACGAC